GCACUUCACAACGGGUUCGGGAGGAAACGGAAGUGUCGCAACGGCGGCGGCGGCCGCUGAUUGGCCGGUUUGAUUGUAAGCGCGGGAGCCGCCACGACGGUUGUGAAGGGGGAGCGAUGGAGGCGCCUUGGCCGUGCCGCGCCGCGCUGCGCAGCGACCUCAAGUACGCAGAGCUGCAGAAACUCGCCAAGCGCUGCGGCAUCAAGGCCAACAAGAAGGCCGAGAAGCUCGUGAAAGAACUGGAAGAGUAUUUCGCAAAUUCUCUUCCAGCGGAGGAGAAGGAAGACUCUGACAACGAUGCAGCAGCGGUGGAGGUUAAGGAACCAAUACGCAAGAGGUCCAAUCACAGUGCAGAGCAAGAGGACUGCUGUGAUCCAGACCAAGUGGAGCAAGCCAAAUGCUUGGAGCAGGAUGCAGGGGGCAUGGAACCAGACAAGUUGGAGCAAGAAGAUAAUAGCAUCAAACUUAUGGAUGAGGUCCUGCAGCCAUGUGACUUAGAAUUAACAAAUCGCAUGAAUGAAUGUGCUCCACAACAACAAGCCGAGGAUGCAGACGGUGACGUGCAUGCGGAAUCUUGCGAACAGAAUGAUGCUGUGGUGGAAGUGCGAAAAGAGGCCACGCCAGGGUUGGCACAAAGGGAGGGCAGCGAAGAGUCGCGUGGCUGUGAGAAGGAAGAGGAACAUCAAGGUCAGGGCGCUCUCGCUCUUCAGGAAUCUGAAGAUACCGUUGACAUGCGAGAAUUGGUCAUGGCUGAACUUGAAACAAGGCUCAAAAAUAGAGCCCCUACCGAUCCCACGUCUGCAACGAGAGCUCCUCUGUGGUGCAAGACUCCAGGAGAAGGAGCAGCUCCUCAAGCCAAGAAUACCACACCUGGCACAGGUGGCGUGGAUUGGUCCAAGAUUCAUGCAACGCACUUUGGAAAAAUGGAAUCUCUUAACGACUACGUGGAAAGGAAACGUAAACGCAGAGAAGCAAUGGAAUACUCUGCAAAAGUCAUCAAGAUGACAAGGGACGGGCUCUUCAGUCCGGACAAGGUGCUUUUGACGGGAGCCGCUGACAAGGACAAAAAAAGCCGAAUUCCAAAACGGAACAUGGCAUUGCCGGGAGCAUCCAAGCCCCUCACCGCUCUGAACACCACAGCGUCCAGCAGCAGCAGCCUGGCCAACACGGCCGUUCGCAAAACCGUGGAAGGCAGCAGCGUCACGGCGGCUCCCAGGCCUGCCAUGCGCGCAGCAGGCUCGCGCAAAUCCAUGCCCAAGUCGGCGGAGCGGCGUUCUCCUCGCCUUCAGCUUCUGAUGGCGCAGAAGGAGGCGAAACCCAGACCCACCGUGUUCAAGCCCGUCACAUCCACUUCCAAAAUUAAUGUUCGGUUCAGCGAGGCUCCCGGCGGAAGGCGCAGCAACCCCCCGCGUAGCAGCGUGAAGACCCCCAAGCACGCUGCUCUGUCCAUCACAAGAGAGAGCUCCUCUGCUGUGCGCCAGCAUCCCACUGCCAGUGCCCAACUUGACAAGUCUUCAGUUGCUCCGUUCAGGUUUGACGGGAUUUCCUCUCCUGCUGGAGCCAAGAGGAAGUCGGCGUUCAACCUGCAAGCCAGCCUUGGCAAACCGUUGAGCUACAAACCUCACAAAGGCAAGCUGAAACCAUGGAAUGCUGGGGACGCGAAGGAGAACGGCACCACUUCACUGCCAGCCCGUGCAGGCUACAAGCAGCCCAAGUUGCAAACCAGAGACGACCGGCGGAAUAAAUUCGAGGAGGAGAGAAAGAAGAGAAAGGAGCAGGCGUGCAAUGCCAGACGAGGAUUUGCCGUGGAAUAAGCUGGCCUGCACUCGGGAUUAUCGGCAUUUGGAUUAUCACCUACUAAUAUCACACAUGUUACAAUUCAGUGGAGGAAAAAUAAUGCAUAUUUAAAGAAAAGGUCUGUUCUGUCAUGUGAUGUCCUGAUAGUGGAUAAACAUUAUAUGGCCCGGUCUGUAUCCCUGGUGAUGGCCUCCACGGUGCACGGCAGGGAUCUUAAGACAACUCGUGUCCUUGAAACACUAGGACUUUGUUGAAACCUGGGCAGCUGAGUUUUUGUACAUACUGUGGCUUCUUGAUAUAUUUCUUGAGUACUCCCAAGCACAGCAUAGCAAACGUCAAUUCUAGAGUAGACAAAGACAUUAAUUAGCUUCUCGGCAUCAGCUUUUGAAAGGUAACAGCGUAAACGGGCGAUGUUUGCGAAGGUGAAAGGGACAACUUGGUAAUGUUGUGGAUAUGGCGACUUAGCCGUGUCUCCACACUGCGUAUAAACAUGGCGACUUAGCCGUGUCUCCACACUGCGCAUAAAAAAUGUAAAUCGCCAGUGCAUUCCCACUUGCGUGUGUGCUACCGCAAGCUAGCAUGUAAUUUUCGGCGGGUAGCCAUGUCGUGUCCCAUUCUUUUGGAUUUAUUUGUGAUGUGUUUUUGGUCUUUGUGGGGCGUUUUUGUUGAUAAAAUAUCAACUGGGGGAAGGUGACCCCCUUAAUUAGCGCCCCCCACCCCGUAUAUUGAAGACUAAGCUUUGUUACUGCCCCCCCCCACAAAUGACCAACGUGUGCAACGUAGCAUUAGUUUCCGUCGCUACAUAUGGGCUUUCGGUAAGUGUAAAUAAAAUGUUUUCCCUUAGACCUCUCCAAAUAGGUUUUCAUUUUGCCAAAUUAUUUGGAACUGAAGCCUAUUGGUGAUGUUUUCAUAUAUACGCUUUUAGUCUAGGUAAAUUUUAUUAAAAAGCUUUGUUUAAUAUACAUUUUUUAUGAUUAAUCUUACGUAAUUACAUGUUGCUUUCUCCUUUUCAAUUACGUGCUUGAAAAUAAGACUAUUUGCCUCAAUCCGCUGCUGCAAGGAAGUCUGUCAAUACCGUCCGUCGCUGCAUGGCCAUGAGCGGCACUGCUUAUUUUGCCACGUAAUCUGUGCAUCGCCUGCCUUCAAUUGUCAACAACACUGCCUUAAGUAAUUAAAAUAUAUAAGGGGUGAAGUUUCAGCCAAUAGCCCUUCAUCAAGGUGAGGUUAGGGUUUAGUACCCAGAAGGGCCAUUCCAAAAAAUGUACCUUAUAUAAAAUAUAAAAUAUUUUUUUCCCUUUAAGGUCAGCGUUCUUCACGAAUUUGGAUUUUUUUGUAACCUGUGCUUGUGCCGCUGCCAAAUAGAGCGUCACUAAAUAAUUUGUUCAGCCCGUGUUUAUUCUUCAAUUCCUGUUUAUUUGACCAAUUUCAUAAGUAGUAACCACAAUAAAAUGUGUGUUCUCUAACCUGCCCUCACAAUUUGUGCUUUCGUUAACGUUAACACUCCGUUUGAUUUUUUUCUCGUUGAAUUAGUCCUCAUUGAUGUGCUGGCAUUAUACAUUGGCCAAAUACAUUGCUCAGAUCAUGGGAUUAUUGUGCAAGUGCUGCUUUAUUUAAUCAGCGUGACCACGAGUCGUGAUGGUUAUACACAUCGGCAUUCCGUUCAAUCUGUCCCCCAACAAUAACAUUUGGUGUUAUUGCACAUUGCCUAUGUCUUUGAGAGUAUGCUUCAAGUGCUUGUUUGUUGAACACUUGGAAGUUGUAUCUGGAUAUGACUGCUGACCUUAAAUAGCUCGGUCUUGGGUGCUCCCCCCCUCUGCUUCCGCUUGUUUCAGCUCCAGGACAAUGGUCAUGACGGAGGAGACGUUUGCUCUCGUGGAUCAUGCCAUACUUGUUAAUUUUUGUUGCUGUGGUUUGUAAAACUUCUUCAGUUGAAUAAAAACUAAGUAAUACUA